AUGGCAGACACAACACCCAUGUCAGAAAAAGUGGCGCGACCACCCCCGAUUCUCUGUCUAGGCGCUAUCAGAACAGGCACGGCCUCCCUAAUGAAAGCCCUCGAAAUUCUAGGCUACGCCAACGUGCACCACGGCUGGGAAGCUUGCGAACGAGACGACAUGCAGUGGCAAUGGCCCCUUCUCGACCGCGCUGCCGACGCAACAUACUCCAACAUUCCAACCUACAACGGCAAAGGCUUUUCUAGGUCUGAUUGGGAUGAAAUAUUCUCCGAGCACGACGCGGUAUCGGACAUUGGCUCUUUAUUCGCUGGAUCGCUUAUCAAAGCGUAUCCUGAUGCGAAAGUCAUUCUCGUGGAGCGCGAUAUCGAGAAAUGGUACAAGAGCGCUCUACCUAUUUUCGAACCAGCGCAAAAUCCACGAUUAAGAAAAUUCGGUAUCAAGAUUGGUGAUUUAUCGGGUAUGGAGAGUGCGAAAGCGAGUUAUAAAAUGCAUCAAGGCUGGACAGGCGCAUCAGAUCCGAAUCAUACUGUCGAUCACAUGAAGGAAGCUUACGUGCGCCAUAACGCUCUAAUUCGAGAGAAUGUACCGGGCGACCAACUUUUGGAUUUUCAGCUGACGCAAGGAUGGGAGCCGCUUUGUGCAUUUUUGGGAAAAGACGUGCCGGAUGUCCCGUUUCCGCAUGUUAAUGAUUCCAAGGAGUAUCAGGCUCGGGGAAAGAAGUUGGGGCAGAAGAUGAUGGGGAGGGCUGCUAGGAAUGUUUUGUUGCCUUGUGCGAAGAAGGACUACAGGAUUAAGGAGUAG